UAAAACGGUUGCAAAACUGUUGAGUCUGCUGAACGCAGCCAAUACAGUAGUAAGGUUAGAUCCUAAAAAACAAGAAAAUGAUUACAAAAGCCAGUAAACAGAAUGCGAAAAAGUUUAAAACGUUAUGGGUUCGCUUCGAUGCGAACAGUUCCGACAAGCAUCAGCUAUUUUUCAAGGAACAUUCCAUAAGAAAUCAGGAACCGGAAUAUCCCAAGAACCAAACUCUCUUUGUGUUGAACGUACCGCCGUACGCUACCAUUGAUUGCCUGAGGAAUGCAUUUACUAAUCUCUGUGGAAAUGUACUGUCUGUUACAUUUUCAAAUUCGAAAGGAUUCAAAACCGCAUAUAUCGUUUUUAAGAAGGAAUCCUCUUUAGAUAAAGCUAUGGAACUUUCAAAGGAUUCCGUAAUUACAUUGAAAAGUGAGAAAAACGUUUGCCUCACAGGAUUAGAAAAAUGGUGUAAACAAUAUAAUGAUACUUUAUAUGACGAGCGAUUAAUGAAGAAAGACAUUGAGGAAUAUAUAGCUUCGUAUGACAAACAAGUACAGGAUCGUAUCGCACAAGAGAAAGCUGCAGAGGAGGACAACGAUGGCUGGGUAACUGUAACCGGUGGAAAAAAAAGAGGACAAUUUGCGCCAUCCAGGAAGGAAUCUACCAUCGGCAAGGUGCAACAGAAAGAGGAACAACGGAAGAAGAAGAAGCAAUUACUUAAUUUCUAUACUUUCCAAAUUCGUGAAACAAAAAAGCAGAAUUUAGCGGAGUUGCGAAAAAAGUUCGAACUGGACAAAAAAAGACUGCAGGAAUUGAAACAAAAACGGACGUUUAAGCCAUUUUAGUUCAUACUGGACUUUAAAGCAGCGGAUGAGAGCAUUGAAAAUGAAGAGAGUCGGGGAUGAUCUCCAGUCAUUGAAAACGACUUGAAGGCAAUUAUUGAAAUGGAUCCAUUAAAAAUCACUGGAGAGGAAUUAAUCAACAGUUGUUCGUUAUUU